AUGGACACUUUGUGGGACGUCGCGCGCGAUUGCGCGCGCGUCCCGGGGACGCCGAGCGAGGACGUCGCGCGGACGUUCUUGGAGACGUACUCGUGGGACGUCAUCGCCGAUCGCGCGCGCGAGGUGACGCGAGUGGGAGAUGAAACGUUGAUGGAUGACGUGACGGCGUUGUGUGAAAAGAUGAGUUCGACGGUCGUCGGGGCGGAAUCGCUGAGCGAAUCGCUCGACGCGACGCGUGGACGCGAUGCCGUCGACGCGUGGUUGCGUUCGAGCGAUGCGAGGGUGGUGCGAUUGGCGUGCGGGCUCGUGGGGGCGGUGUUCGCGCGCGGACGGGACGCGCGCAGAGUCAGAGCGCUGGGAGAGGCGACGCGGAGCGGAUUGGCGCGUGUUUUGGUGCGUGGAUCGACGGAGACGGCGAGUUUGGCGUCCAAGGCGUUGUUGUCGUUCAGUGGGCGCGCGAUCGAGGGGUUGGAGGAGACGCUGAGAGCGGUGCUCGAGACGGCGCGAACGGAGGGGGCGAACGGAGAGGGAAACGCCAGGGCGCUCGCGUUCGCGGCGAGCGCGGCGUCGGCGAGCGAUGCGGCGGCAGAGAUCGUGGUGCGCUCGGGGUCGUUGAAUCAAUGCGUUCGAGAGAUCGAAAGCGAGGAUCUUCUCGCUGCGAGCGCGGCGAUGGAGAUUCUCGCCGAGGUGGCGGAGUCGUCGCCGGGCGCGGCGAGCGGUCUGCGGCGCGUUGAUUCGUUGAGCGAUGCGCUCGAGCGCAUCGCGCUCGAUGAGAGCGGCGACAUCGGUGUGCGUAUGAGAGCGAUCGUCGUCGGCGCGCGCAUCGCCGCGACAUCGACGAGCGGUGAUGACGCGUUGGUCAAAGACGCGACGCGGACACUUUUAGAGCUCUCCAAUGACGAGCCAUCUCGAGACGUCUUGGACGCCGUCGCGGAGGCUGCCGGGGCGAUAUGUCUGUCAAACGCCAGCGUGGCCGGUGCGUUCGUGACAAAGGCGAGGAAGCUCGUAUUCGACGUCGCGCACAGGGCGCUUCGCGGAAGCGGGCAGUCGCAAGUCGUCGCCCUGCACUCGAUGGCCAAUAUGUUUGGCGCAGAGCGCGGAGACGAUCGAUCGAUCGGCGUCGACGCGGAAGCAAUUCUCGCCGACGCGUGUUUCACAGCGUGUGGACCGAAGACGUUUGGUGACGUCGUCUUCGCCGCUAUCUCCGUCAAGAGCGACCACUUUCUCGACUUGCGCGUCGCCGCGUACCGCCUGAUUGGCGCGCUCGGCGCUCGGCGCCCGUUCGCUGAGGAGAUCGCCGCCCACCCUGAGUGUCGCCGAACGCUUUGCCAAGAACGCGAGCGCGUGUCCGUCGCCGCCACUUUCCGUGCACGCGCCCUCGAAGCCCUCUCCCGGGCGGAGAUCGCCGACCAAGCCGCGCGCGCCGAGUUCGCUUCAGCCGUCUCCGCGCCGUCGCCGCGCAACCGCGUCGUCGCCAGACCCGACGUCGACGUCGCCCACCGCUAG